AUGGCUGACGUAGCAGGUCUAGUUGACGUUUCGGGAUCAAGAUUCACUUCAUUAGAGCUUAUUGGGCAGGGAUCGUUUGGGGACGUCUAUAAAGCGUUUGACAGGGAGCUCAACAAAGAAGUCGCUAUCAAAGUAAUCGACUUGGAAGAAUCAGAGGAUUUUACCAUUAUUAGAGGUUCUCAGGGAAUGUUUGAAUGCAUUAUGGAGCUUGCAAAAUUCAAAGAGUCAAAAAGGCUGAAGUGGAGUGACCAGAGCCUCUUCAUCUUCUUUCUUAGUAAAUUACAUAUGGGAAAAGGUGAAAUGAGGGUGAGCUUAACUUGGGGAGAAGCAUUUGGACUCCAGAAAGAAAUAGAGAUUUUCUGUCGUACAAGAGAGGACGAAAUUGAUGAUAUCCAAAAGGAAAUUUCUGUUUUGUCCCAAUGUCGAUGUCCAUACAUUACUGAGUAUUAUGCUUCCUAUAUCAAUCAAACUAAACUUUGGAUAAUAAUGGAAUACAUGGCUGGGGGCUCAGUUGCUGAUCUACUCCAAGCAGGUCAUCCCCUUGAUGAAAUGUCAAUUGCUUGCAUUCUACGUGAUUUGCUGCAUGCUGUUGAUUAUCUGCACAGUGAAGGGAAAAUUCACAGAGACAUUAAAGGUAUCCGCAGCAACCCCGCCACCUUUGAAUUUUGUUUACUUGUCAAUUAUACAGCUGCAAACAUUUUAUUGACUGAGAAUGGUGAUGUAAAGGCAGAUAUUUGGUCUUUGGGGAUCACUGCUAUUGAGAUGGCAAAGGGGGAGCCUCCACUUGCUGAUCUUCACCCAAUGAGAGUGCUUUUCAUCAUACCCCGGGAGAGUCCUCCACAGAGGCCAAGUGCUAAGGAACUUCUCAAGGACCGUUUUAUUCGGAAUGCUAGGAAGAGUUCAAAGCUUGCAGAAAGAAUAAGGGAGCGUCCAAAAUACCAAAUGAAGGAAGAAGACCAGGAAACACCUAGAAAUGUCUCAAGAGGGAUGCGGGAGGCAUCAGAUACUGUAAAAGUGGCAAGAGAUGUAAGAGGUGAAGAAAAUAAUCGACCCAGUGAUCAGGGUAAAACCCUGAAAAGUGCUGGAUGGGACUUCAAUAUUGGUGGAUCGCAUGGUACUGGAACCUUUCGAAGUGUUUCUCGGCCACCUCAGUUUAGAGAGAAAAAGAUUGAAGUUUCACAUAAUCAGCUAACCCAAAGAAAACCUCCAGAGAGUUGUUAUCAAGGAGGAUCUGCCAAUAGAAGUGCACUUAAUGAGCCACUUGAAAGUUCUGCUAGAAGAGAUAUUAGAGUUCCCCACCAUGAUGAGCAUCUGGAUAAUCACCUUGAAGAUGUAAAUGAUUCUUACUCUGAUGAAUUAUCUGGAAACGGAUCAGGAACUGUUGUUAUUCGAUCUCCAAAAGGGUCAAAGUCAUCUGUAUUCGGUGACCAUAGCUCUCGGUCUAGUAGCAUCUAUGCUUCAUUUGAUGAUGCUUCUACAAGUGGGACUGUUGUUGUACGUGGCCAGCAUGAUGAGCCUGAUUCUCCACAGCCACUAAGGUCACGAUUGGGACUUAAUGACAGAAAUUCAAAUGCCUCAAUGGAAGAUAGUGCGGCAAAUCUUGCUGAGUUUGUUUUGUCGGAGGCAAAGGUUGCUAUGCAAGGAGGGCUCAGGAAAGUGAGUUCUCGAGAGAGAUUGGCCUGGGGAAAAGUCAACAAUGAAAGACAGGAAGAGAAGAAAGAUCGAAAGACUAGCAGCGCUGAUUCUUCAAGACUUUACGGCGAAUAUGAUGCACACACGGGCAUAUUAAGAUCACAUCAUGCUAGUAUUGAUGAAGGAAGUUCUAAAAUAAUGUCUUCGUCAGUGCCAUUAUCUGUUCUACUUGUUCCUUCAUUAAAAGAGGCCAUUGCUGAUGAUCCAGAAGGGUCAAUUGUGCGGGCAGUGAUCAAUUCUUUUAUAAACAUGGAGGGCACAAAACCUAAAUCCUGUGAUGUUUUCGUGAAACAGUUGCUUCACCGAUUGGCAAGUUCAAAGGAAGAUUCACUGAAGGACCUGCGGGGACUAGCGGUCCAACUAUUUAGCAAGACCAGGUCCACCGAAGAAACCCGAAAUGCAGAGGCUGAUGACCGGAAUAAACAACAAAACAAUAGCAAUUUAAGUCCACUAGCAAGAUUUCUUCUCUCGAGAUGGCAUGGCCAAACCUCACGGUAUCUAAACUCAUCUUGA